AAACCUCACUUCUGCCUCCAUCCCGUCUGCAUGGACGUAGACGACGCGCCACAGGUCACCGAACCUUCUCAGCCGGCGACCGAAGACACAGGGCCUGAUCCGGAUCUUGUCGCUGAUGAAUCCGCCCUGCUCACGGCCCCCGUUGCCCCCGCGAAGAAGAAGCGUGAACGCAAGGAUCCUAUCAAAGUCGAGCGCCUACCGGGGAAGACUUUGUUGCCCAUAUCGAAAGUCCAAACCAUUAUAAAAGCAGACAAAGUGCAUAUAUCUCCGCAAACCGCCGCCGCUCUGCUCAUUUGUGACAAGGACAUUCCCAUCGUCGCGAGGGAGGCCACGUUUCUCAUCGCUUGCGCCACGGAGGAAUUCAUUAAACGGCUAAGCGAGGCGGCAAUGGCACUAGCGGAGAGGGAACGGAGGUCGACGCUGCAGUACAAAGACAUGGCCACAGUAGUCCGCAAAGCCGAUGAGUUCAUCUUUCUCGAGGAGAUUUUGCCUUGGACAUUGCCAGAAGCACCGGGCAGAAGGAAACAGAAAGCUUCAGAGAUUCUUUCCGGUGCUCCCACAGUCCUAGACCAAUUCAUGCUCAAACAGCCUGAGGCUGCGGAAAAGCCGAACGAUGAGGGAAUGGAGGACUCAGAUUCCGAGGAUGAUCAGGCUUGAGUGCACUCAAUUCGUCGUGUGCUUGCGUCCAUCCAUAUCUUGUACAUUAACAAUAAACGGCCCUAUCUUUGUAGAAUCUUGUAAUCAUGCUUCGAACUAAUGCCUGCCAGUCGGCGUGGAAAUGUUCUUCCGAGCGGUCCGAGCCUCCGCGAC